CGGCCGCCAUUGCUGCCAACAAGCCAACCUGCUAUGGCCAAGCGCACGACACCUAGCGUUAACAGCCGAAUCUUUAUAAAGCACAAGGUCCGGCGGGUGAUCAACCUAAUGGAGAGGUCAGCAAAAAUCGCCAAAGUUCGACUUAAAGCCUUGGCUGAGAGAUCGGCAGUAAUAUCUAGACUAUACGGCUGUCUUUUACAAGGGGAGUUGGCUUGUAGACGUAGACGAUUCCAAGCGAUAUUAGGAGUUUCACUUGCAUUGGUUUUACUACUGUUAAUUCUACUAGGUCGACACGGCGAUCAACAUCUAGACACAAAAACCGCAGUUAAAGGAACUCGCCCUAAAGAAAUAUGGCUAGCAUUUGAUAUGCUGACUCCUUCUAGUGAGAAAAAACAAAACGAGACUGUUAACAUGACCGCAGUCGCCCCAACCAAUGAGAGCUACGUUUGGCCAAAAUGCGAUUUCUGCGUCAGAAAUUUUGCCAAAGCUGGCAAUUUAUCAGAGCAAGAUAUGGAGAAAGCUAAAAAGAAUAAAUGCAUCCCUGUUUUGUGCAUACCUCCGGAUGAUUUCUUCAAGAAGCGUCCUCUGCCGUUGAACAAUUUGAAUAAAUUAAUGUUAAGACCAACCAAGGACGCAUGCGCGGGUAAUCUAACUGGAGUUAUAGUAGUGUACACGCAAGUCGCGUCCACUGACGUCAGAAACGUUUGGAGACAGGUCACCAAACGCUUUCUGAUGUCACACCCGGAUUUCCGCAUAUUCUUCGUCAUAGGGUAUACUUCUAAUAAAGUGCAAUGGGGACGUAUAACGGAAGACAGCGACGUAAACAAUGACGUCAUUUCCUACGAGUUUACUGACAGCUAUGAGAACUUGCCAACAAAGACAGCCCUAAUGCUGCAUUGGUUUAGCCAGUUUUGUCGCGAUGCAAAAUAUCUUAUCAAAAUGGACGACGACAUGUAUUUCAACCCGCGAAAACUUCUAGAAACCCUCGAAGAGAUACCCGAUCAUAUGGUUUUGGCAGGAAAAAUGAUAUUCCACGCACGCGUACAGAGAAACCCCAAAAACAAAUUUUACGUCUCAGAGGAAGAAUAUCCUUAUCCUUACUGGCCGAACUAUGUCGCUGGCGGGAUGUACAUUGUUUCUGCGGACGCCGUCAGUAAGUUAUGGCAUGCUGUAUCGUACGUCCCACGUGUCACCAUAGAGGACGCGUGGUUGACACUGUUAGCACUAUCUGUCGGGGUAGAGCGUUACUUCUUACCUGACAUGUACGGUGAACAUGAGAAGUGGUCAGAUGAAAACAGGGAUGAAAUUUGCCAGGCAGCAGACAAAUUUGUCGGCUAUCUCGUGCGGUCAGAUAAACCAGGAACAUCCAGGAAAGACAUAGCGAAAUUGUGGAUGAACUGUCAAAGGAAGUAUAUAUGACACCAUUCAUUCCACAUGGUAUAUUUUAGCAUGUUUGUUUCCCAUGGGCGCAUUACAUGUACAACAAAAAUGCCAGGAAUGGUUACGUUUGUGAAAUCACAGUGGAUGGUAUGGUGCUGUUGAUGAAAAUUUAUCACUUAUCGUCUUAUUAGGUUAAUAAAAUUUUUAAGUCUUUUGAACAUUCAAGUUGAAAUGAAUGUCUUUACAUAACACAUUAAUAUAAAAGUACUGAAUGAUUUUUAAUUUACACAUGCAUUAUUUAAGACAAGUAUUCCUUUUUUAAUUUCCACUUGUUGUGAUUCGAUAAUAAAGAUUUAACGCAGUAAUGGGCAAUAUGACUAAACAUCGUUUGUUCAAACACUGAUAAUGUGCUGAAUUACAUUAUGAAAUUAAAGCUUUGUUACUGGGACAAUAUAUGGCCUAUACAGAA